AUGGUGAAUCCCUCUAGUACUUUUACAUUUAAGGCAGGAACACCAGCAAGUAAAGUCAGAUACAAAGUAGAUGUGAAUCAGUUUCCAUAUAGCUCCAACAUAUUUGAUGUUGAAGAGAAUACUGGUCGUGUAAUAACAAGAGUUAAUCUUAAUGAAGAGCCCAGCGCGAUAUUUAAGCUGGUUGUGAUCGCCUAUGAUGAUGGAGAUCCAAUAAAAUACAAUAGCACAACGGUAAUAAUUACAGUUUUGCAGCCAUCAGUUAUUCCUCGCUUUACACAAGAUGAAUUCAGGCCCCCUCCGCUGAGCGAGGCUGCCCCAAUUGGGACUGUUGUGAUCGUGGUAACUGCGGCUGCAUUGAAUCAGACUAUAGUAUAUUCAAUUGUUUCGGGUAAUGAUCAAGGUAUGUUUGCCAUUGAUAACAGCACAGGGGUUAUCUCUGUCAUAAAACCACUGGACUAUGAAAAUACUACAAGCUAUGAGCUUAGAAUCCAAGCUGAUUCCAUGCAAGUGGUUAGAUUUAAUCUACGAGCUGCUUCCAAAAGUAAUACAGCUAUGGUGUUCAUUGAAAUACUGGAUGAAAAUGACCACACUCCCGUUUUUUCAAAAAAAAUCUAUCUGGGAGGAGUAUCAGAAGAUGCCAGAAUGUUUGCCUCAGUGCUCAAAGUAAAGACAACAGAUAAAGACACCGGGAAUUACAGCGCUAAUUCUUACAAACUAGUGGUGCCACCAAUCAAAGAUGGCAAAGAAGGCUUUGUUAUUGAAGUAUACAGUGGAAUUAUCAAAACAGCAAUGCUUUUCAAAAACAUGAGGCGGUCAUACUUCAAGUUUGAAGUGAUCGCAACAGACGAUUAUGGUAAAGGUUUAAGCAGCAAAGCAGAUGUAAUUGUGUCUGUGGUCAAUCAGUUGGAUAUGCAAGUUAUCGUGUCUAACGUCCGCCCUACAGUUAUUGAAGAAAAUAUAGAUGAUCUUAUAAGUAUUCUAGAGCGUUAUGUUCAGGAUCAGAUACCUGGUGCAGCUGUUGUUGUGGAAUCAAUUGGAGCCCGGAGAUACGGAGAUGGUUUUUCACAAGAGGAUUACACUCAAAGUGACCUAAUGAUUUAUGCAGUGGAUCCCUCCACCAACAGGGCCAUAUCAAGAAAUGAACUUUAUAAAUUUCUGGAUGGUAAAGUUCUAGAUAUUAACAAACAAUUCCAGGACUACAUUGGUCAAGGAGGGCGUAUUUUGGAGAUUCGUACACCAGAUGUAGUGGCCAAUGUGAAGAAGCAAGCUCAAGCAGUAGGGUACACAGAGGGGGCCCUGCUUGCUCUGGCUAUUAUUAUUGUCCUCUGCUGCGUACCUGCCAUUUUAAUUGUCAUGGUCAGCUAUAGACAGAGGCAAGCAGAGUGUGCAAAGACAGCAAGAAUCCAGAUGGCAAUGCCAGCAGGCAAACCAUCAACUCCUGCUGCCAAUAAUCUGUAUGAAGAGCUAGGUGACAGCACCAUGCGAGGAUACGCACAUCAGGAGCAACAACAAUUGCUGAGGCCCUCUCUUCUCAAACCUGAGGAAUUGUCUAUGGAAUCUGGUAUUGAUCCUGGUCAAGAGUAUUAUGGACAAGACUAUUAUAGCUAUGAACAUGGGUAUGAACUUCCACAGUAUGGAAGUCGUCGAAGGUUGCUGUCACCCGCUGGCAUGUAUGAAGAGUACGGGGAAGUGGUUGUAGAGAACGAUGGCAGUUAUUAUUACAGUCCACAUGGACCUACGGCCGAAGGAGAUGCAAGAAUUCAUGGCCGACCCCCUUCCAGGAGAGGUAGAGGUCAGGGGCCAGGUUUUCCCAUGGCUAGAGGAAUGCCAGGGAGACCUGGACCAUCCCGAGCUAGCAUGCAAGGUGUAGCUAGGCCUAGUCAAGGAAGAAAAAAACUGAAAGCAGUUAUGCAAUUGAGUCGUGUAGCAGUUAGUGCUCAUAAGGCUCCUGAGGCUGGAGAGGGGAUGCAUCGUUCUCCGUGGAAGAAGGCAAGGAUCUUCCCAAUGAUACUUCAGAAAGUAAAAGGUAGUGGGAAAGAUUCUGCUUAUGCUAAGCUGGUCUCUGCCCGUCAAGUUGAGGGUGAUGAUAGCAUGAUUAUUAAAGGAAGUUACUUUCAGAAAUCAACUGAUAAACCCUCUGUCACAAGAAAGCUUGAUCGUGCCCUAAAACGGAUAAGCAUAGCUAGAAGACUUCAAGAAAGGCGACAAUCGCAAAGUUCUUCUACCAAAACAUCUGUAGUGGAAAGUGAGAAAGAUGAAGAAGAUUCUGAUCUAAGUGAGUCUGAAAAAGAGAGCAAAUCUGGGAUUUCAAUUAGUGUUACAGCUGAAAGUGAACCAGAAGAAAGUGAAGGCUCUGAUCAAGAAACAGAGAAGAGAAGAUCUACAGUGUCUGAUGAAUCAUCUGUGAAAAGUAGUGUCCCUCCAUCCCAAACAGAUGAUAAAGAUUAUCUGAAAGUAACCUUAGAUCAGGAUGAAACCAAUGAAAGUACUGUAGAUUCAGAUGAGGAAAGAGAUGAAACAAUAGGUGAAUCAGAUGAAGAAACCCAGUCCUCAAAAUCUGUAGAUAUCAAAGAGGAAGACUCACCAGAUGAAGAUUCUGAUGAUGAUUCUAAGAAAUCAGCAAGCGCUUAUUCAGAAAAAUCAAGCUUGCAUGAAGAAAUAUCACCAUCUGAUACUGAAGAGUCAUUAUCAAAAGUAUCUGUGAGAAGUUCAGAGAAGAAAUCAGAAAGUAGUAGACAUGCUACUGACGCUUCCAGUAUUUUAAGUGAUGAAGCCAGCCAAGAACCAUCUGAGACAAGUGGAAAAAGUAGUUCAAAAUCAAGUUCUAGGUCAAAGUCUUUUGUUGAUAGUGAAAUACAAAGUAAAAUAGGAGAGGACUCAGAGGAAGAAUCACAGUCAGGGUCAGAGGAGGAAGAUGAAGAAAAGGAUGAUAUCAGCAAAGCAAGUCAUGUUGACAGCCACGUGGAUACAGAUGAUGACAGCAAAAGUGAAGCAUCUGAGUCCAUAAGAUCAGUUAAUAGUAAAAUGAGUCACAGUGUAAACAGUCACCAAGCCGAUGCCCUAAGUAUUGAGGAAAGCAACAGUCAAGAUGAAGAUGAUGAUGUGAGCCAAGAAAAUUCAUCUGUCAGUAAGCAAAGUGGUAUCAUAGCAGCCAGUCAGGAGGAAGAUGAUAUAUCACAUGCCUCAAUGGCUUCCGACAUGCAGGAUUCUAAUGAAAGUAAAAGCCUUAGUAAAAGGAUAUCCUCUGAACAAUCAGACUCACAUGACACUGGGCAUGGUUCCAGUUCAAACACUGAUGCCUCUGACUCUGAAGUUGCUGGUGACAACACAUCAUUUUGAAAAAGAAUAGUAGGUUGACUUGUUGAAUUUCAAAUUUCUUUGUUUGCAGUGCUUCUGUGUGAUCCUAUUAAAAACUUUUUAAGUCUUUGACAUUUCUCUUCUGCUGUAAUUUAUUUCUGCCAUAGAUAAAGUUAAAUUGAUUUCUACAUGUUAUUCUUUCUUAAUACUGAUAACCCAAUUUUUUACAGAUAUCAUGGGUAGGUACUUAUUAUUAACCGCAUUAUAGUGUGUUCUCAUUUGUUUUUUAAUUGAAAUGUGUGUGAAAAUGCAUUAUCCAUCCACCCUAACACAAUUCAAAAGGGUACACAUACAGUUUGUGGCUGGCUAGUAGACUCGUGCAUUAAAAUUGAUACAAAAUAAAAUUUUUACAAAAGUUGCCAAUUCCUUCAAUUUGU